UCUCAGGCGCCGUGAGCACCGGAGAGCGCCGGAGCUGGAGCGAUCGUCUGAUUCUUUUACAUGCAUCAGAAAAGCCGAGAAUCUCCCAACCUUUCCUCGCAACUGUUUCCCUCUCUAUAUGUCAACGCCUCCCCCCAUCAUUUGAAAGCGUCUCCAUUUUCAAUUUUUAAAAUUAUUUUUAUUAUCAUUUUUUUGCACACAGUGUCGACUUUUUGCCUUAUAACUGUUCCUCUUUCUACGUUGUUUUAUCCUCCUAUCUGGAUCUAACCCACGGUUGCAGAGAGCGUGGAUGAGCAGCUCUGGUUUAUAUCGGAGAUGGAAUUCCUAAUUGUAUGCCUUUCCUUUUGGAUUUUGCACUGCAAUUCAGUUCGAGGGGACUCCAUCAUUCACAUCGGUGCCAUAUUUGAGGAAAACGCCGUGAGAGACGAUGAGGUUUUCCAGUUGGCCAUCUCAGAUCUUAGUCUCAACGACGACAUUUUGCAGAGUGAGAAAAUCACCCACUCCAUAAAACUUAUCGAGCCCAACAAUCCCUUUCAAGCAGUGCAAGAAGCCUGCGAGUUGAUGACCCAGGGAAUCCUGGCGCUGGUGACGUCGACGGGCUGCGCGUCGGCCAGUGCGCUGCAGUCCCUCACCGAUGCCAUGCACAUUCCGCACCUCUUUGUGCAGCGGCACCGCGACGGCUCGCCACGCACGGCCUGCCAGCUAAACCCCAGCCCCGAUGGCGAGCGCUAUACGCUGGCUGCCCGGCCGCCCGUGCGCCUCAACGAUGUCACCUUGCAGCUGGUCGCCGAGCUGCGCUGGCAGAAGUUCGUCGUCUUCUAUGACAGCGAGUAUGACAUCCGCGGCCUGCAGAGCUUCCUGGACCAGACGUCUCGGCUCGGCCUGGACGUGUCCCUGCAGCGGGUCGACAGGAACAUCAGCCGCGUCUUUGCGGGCCUCUUCAGCACCAUGCGCACGGAGGAGCUGAAUCGCUACCGGGACACGCUGCGCCGCGCCAUCCUGCUGCUGAGCCCCAAAGGAGCCCAGGCCUUCAUCCACCAGGCUGUGGAAACGAACCUGGCUUCGAAGGACAGCCACUGGGUGUUUGUGAACGAGGAGAUCAGCGAUGCAGAGAUCCUGGAACUGGCACACAGUGCUCUGGGGCGGUUGACGGUCAUCCGCCAGAUCUUCCCGCUGUGGAAGGACAGCAAUGCCCGAUGCAUGAGAAACAACCACCGCAUCUCCUCGCUGCUGUGCGAUCCCCAGGAGGGCUACCUCCAAUCCCUGGAGGUCUCCAACCUGUACCUGUAUGACAGCGUGCUGAUGCUGGCCAACGCCUUCUACAGGAAGUUAGAGGACAGGAAGUGGCACAGCAUGGCCAGCCUGAACUGCAUCAGGAAGUCCACCAAGCCGUGGAACGGGGGCUGGUCCAUGCUGGAGACCAUUCAGAAGGGACGCAUCACCGGACUCACCGGCGUCAUGGACUUCCGUGACAGCGGCUCCAACUCGCACGUCCAGUUUGAGAUCCUGGGCACGAGCUACAGCGAGACAUUUGGAAAGGACGUGAAGCGGUUAGCAACAUGGGACUCUGCUCUAGGGCUGAACGGAAGCCUUAAAGAGAGCCGGAUUGAGAACGGGAUGCAAGGAGUGACUGUCAGAGUGGUAACACUGCUGGAGGAUCCCUUUGUCAUGGUAGCAGAAAAUAUUCUCGGGCAGCCGAAGAGGUACAAAGGCUUCUCCGUCGACGUGCUGGACGCUCUGGCAAAGAUCUUGGGCUUCAAGUACGAGAUCUACCAGGUGCCGGACGGCAAGUACGGGACACAGCUGCCCAACGGGUCAUGGAACGGGAUGAUCGGGGAGCUCAUCAACAAGAGGGCGGACCUGGCAGUGUCGGCCAUCACCAUCACACCUGAGAGGGAGAACGUGGUGGACUUCAGCAAGCGCUACCUGGACUACUCCGUGGGUAUCCUGCUGCGGAAGCCCGAGGAGAAGAUCAACAUCUUCUCCCUGUUCGCCCCCUUCGACUUGGCGGUGUGGGCAUGCAUCGCGGCGGCCAUCCCCCUGGUCGGCGUCCUCAUCUUCCUGCUGAACCGCAUGCAGUCCGGCCGCUCCCAGAACCCGCCCGGACCCCACCAGGCGCCGCUGGCCUCCGUCUCCAGCUCCCUGCACAGCGCCAUCUGGGUCGUCUACGGAGCCUUCGUCCAGCAAGGGGGCGACUCGGCGACAGGCUCCAUGGCACUGCGCAUCGUCAUGGGCAGCUGGUGGCUCUUCACCCUUGUCGUCUGCUCCUCCUACACGGCCAACCUGGCGGCCUACCUCACCGUGUCCCGGAUGGAUAACACCAUACGGACCUUCCAGGACCUGGCCAAACAGAUGGACCUGUCCUACGGCACCGUCCGGGACUCCGCGGUCUACGACUACUUCCGGGCCAAGGGCACCAAUCCCCUGGAGCAGGACGGCACGUAUGCAGAGCUCUGGAGGACCAUCAGCAAGAACAAUGGGCAUGAGAACUCGGUCUCGAACCCCUCAGAGGGCAUCCGCAAGGCCAAGAAAGGGUCCUACGCCUUCCUGUGGGACAUGGCCGUGGUGGAGUACGCGGCCCUCACUGACGACGACUGCACCAUCAUGGUGACAGGCAACAGCAUGAGUAGCAAGGGCUACGGCAUCGCCAUGCAACACGGCAGCCCCUACCGCGAUCUCUUCUCUCAGAAGAUCCUGGAGCUGCAGGAGAAAGGGGACCUGGACAUCUUGAAGCAGAAGUGGUGGCCCCGCAUGGGCCGCUGCGACCUGGACAGCCACGCGCACGCGCAGCCCGACGGCCGCGCCCUGAAGCUGCACAGCUUCGCCGGCGUCUUCUGCAUCCUGGCUGCAGGCCUGCUGCUGGCCUGCCUGGUGGCCGCCCUGGAGAUGUGGUGGAGCAGCAAUCGGUGCCGGCGAGAGCAGCCCAAAGAGGUUACUAAGGAUUACAGACUGGCAAAGGUUUCUGGUCCAUUGACAUAUAGUGAUAUUUCCACUGCUUCAUCGGAAGGGAGGAAGGACAUUUGGACGAGAGAGAGAGGGACUGGGAUGAAGCAGAAGCUACUGACACAGGACAAGGAGGUGAAUCUGGAGCAGGUACACCGGCGUAUGAACAGCCUUUUGGACGAGGACAUGGCUCACAAGCAGAUCCCCACCCCGUCUAUCGAGAUCUCUGCACUGGACAUCGGCAGCAUGCAGCCCAGCCUGCCGCUGGAGGCCGUGCGGGACUUCCCCGGCACGGGGCUGUCUGUGAGCACCUUCCUUCCAGAGCAGGCACAUGGGGUGGGGCGGACGCUGGUGCAGACCCCUGGGAGCACUCUGCCAUUGCCUCUGAGCAGCUCAACCAUCCCCUCCAUGCAGUGCAAGCACAGAUCCCCCAACGGGGGCCUGUUUCGCCAGAGUCCCGUCAAGACGCCCAUGCCAGUGUCAUAUCAGUCAGUUCCCGGAGGACCCAUCCCAGAAGCCAUUGAGCCCACGCACAGUACUUCCAUCUGACCUCGUCCAUAACCCCCGGCUCCUCUGUCCUCGUCCCGGUGAAAGAGAGCAAGAACCCACCCCAUCUCACCCCAAAAAAAAAGGGAAAGGAAAAAAGGAAGAAAAAAAAAAGAGCGAAGAUUUUUAUUA